AUGUUCGUGUCACCGCCGUGUUUGGUGACAAUUUCUUAUCGACUAUUAUUUGUCGCUCUCAUUUUGGUGUGAGUUUUUUUUUGAUUUUCUGAUGAAGUUUGUGUGGUUUUUUCAAGUUUUCGGAAAUUUGAAAGGAAAAAAACUACAAUUAUGGAGAAUUUUUGAACCGAGACUUCAAAGAUAUCGAUGAAGGUUUAAUUUCUGCAGCUAAACAACUUUGGAACUUCAGUCUUUGAAUAAUAUAGAUUUUUCGGAAAUUAUGAAUAGUAGAUAGACUAUGAUCUUCAGUUUCCUAUUGUGAAAAUUCUUAUCAAUUUUAUGAGUGAUUUACUUAAAAAAAAGGUUCCUUGUUAACAUAAAUAUCUAGUUGAUUUCCGAACAUCUUUUACAGUAAUCUAAUCUUAUUUUUUGAGAACAAAACAAAUCGAAUACCGUUUUUGUCUUUUGUUGCUUUGCUGUCCUUGAUGCCCUUCUUACUUCUUUUUUUUUACACAAAUAGCCGUUGAGUAAAAAAACCCGAUUUUGUUUUACUUUUUUAUCAUCACAUCACACAUUAAAUGAAUAUGAUUAUUAUCUCAUUUGGAUAAGAAAAGGAAGAAAAAACAAAAGAAUGAAGAUGUGUUGAAUGGCAACAAUAACAAAGAGAAAUUAAGAUAUUGGCAGAUAUUGAUUUGAUUGCAAAAAAAUAUCGGAUAGGAAUCUACUUAUAUUAAAUCUUAUUUGGUUACAGUAGUCCUAUUGCAAUUGCACUUGCAAAGUGCGUAAGAUACAAAACAAAUCUGGGUUAUUUUUAUUUUUCAAAAAAAAUAUUGAACACUGAUUGCAAAUAUUUUCGAUCAAUCAAUCAAAAGUAAAUAACAACACUGAUUAUUAUAAUAUUAUUUAUGUCAAAUGAAUAAAUAAUAUUAUCAUGAGAAGAAAAUGAUAAAUAAUAAAUUGGUUCUUUUUUUUGGAUGAAAGGGAUUCACAUUUAUUUAUUUUCAGAAUUCUACCAAAUGAGAUUUGCGGCGGUGCACGAACACCAUUUUUUGAUUUAACUGCUUAUAGUGAUUGGCCACAAUUUGAAGAUUAUAUUAAAGGUGAAACAAUAUUUUCACGAGUUUCAAAACAUCUUUUUUUUAGGUGUGGCUCAUGAUAAUCCGAGUUUCGUUCAGUUAAAACAAAUAGGAAAAAGCCGAGAAGGUCGACCACUUUUGGGUUUGAAAAUCGGAAAACCGUCAAAAGAUGGAAAAAGAAAAAUAGCGAGUUGGCUUGAUGGAGGAAAUCAUGCACGGUUUGAUUGAAAUUAAAAUUUAGAAUAAUAUUUGAUUCAGAGAAUGGCCCGCUUUUCAUGUUGCUGUUUACUUUAUUGAAAAGGUUUUUAGAAUUUUGAGAAGGUUUUUAGAAUCAAAAUAUUUGUUUUUUUCAGUUGGUGAAUGGAUAUUUGAUAGAUGAUAAAAUCACAAAAUAUGUCGAUACUUUGGAUAUUUAUGUUUUCCCUAUUUUAAACCCUGAUGGUUUUGUAUAUUCAAGAACUUCUACAAGAGCUAUGGUACUAAAACAAACUAUUAAUUAAAUACGUUUUCAAAUUAAAAUUAAUUUUAGAUUCGUCAAUGGCGAAAAAAUCGAGCACCCGAAAAUUGUACAGGAACUGGAGUUUUCCAAACAGAUGUUUGUUGUGUUGGUGUUGAUUUGAAUAGAAAUUAUGACAUCGGGUAUAUUUCAUUAUUUUUGUAGAUCAAAAUGUUCGUUUAUUUUUCAGAUUUUCUCAAUCUUCAUACCCAUUUAAUAAUCCAUGUUCGGAUGAAUUUCAAGGUCCAUAUCCAUUUUCUGAGCCAGAAUCUCGCGCAGUUCGUGAUUUUAUUAUGUCUUCUGAGAUCUAUGGUCGAUUAUAUGCAUUAGUUUCAAUGCAUACACAUGGACAAUUAUGGAUUCUUCCUUAUAAUUAUCAAAAAAGAACCUAUCCACAAGAUUUCAAAGAUUUGGUAUUUAUUUACUUACUUUUCGAUUUUUGAAAGGAAAAAGAAUUGAUUUUUUAAAGGAAACAUUGGCUAAUCGAGCAGCUGAAAAAGUAUAUGCUUAUAGAGAAACAAAAUAUCGAGUUGGAACCGCAGCUGAUUUAUUAGGAACAGCAACUGGAGGAGCAACUGAUUGGAUUAAAAAGAAUACUCCAACAAAAUAUGUUUAUGUUCUUGAAUUACCACCAGAUAUGAAAAGUGAGGAGAAUCUUUGAAAUUCAUAAUUUUAAUUUAUUUUCAGCAUGGUUUGCUUUUCAAGUAAAACCACAUUGGUUGAUUCCAAUUGGAAAAGAAACUUGGAUUGGAAUUGAAGUUAUAUUAGAUCAAGUUAUUGAAGAGACAAAAGAUUUUAAACCAACUGAAUCAACUGCUGAUUCGACUGCUGAUAUAAGAUCUCCAAGAUUUAGACAAUUAUGA